AUGGAUAUCAUCAUCCCCAAGCUCGCCAAGGUGAUUGCCAACCUUGCAGCUUUUGCCGACAAGCACAAGGCUGUCCCGACGUUGGGCUUCACCCACUACCAACCUGCACAACUCAUCACUGUUGGCAAGCGUGCAGCUCAGUGGGCUCAGCAGUUGAUGAUGGACUUGGAGGAUAUUGAGCACGUUCGCAAGGAACUCAAGUUCCGCGGUGCCCAGGGUACAACCGGUACCCACGCUUCGUUCUUGGAGAUCUUCCAGGGCGAUGGCACCAAGGUCGACCGCCUGAAUGACUUGCUCUGCUCCAAGGCCGGAUUCCCCGCCUGCUACGAUAUCUCCACCCAGACGUACACCCGCAAGGUUGACCUGCGCGUGGCCAAUGCCAUCUGUGGCCUCGGUGCCAGUGUUCAGCAGAUCUGCGCCGACAUUCGUCACCUGGCCAACCUGAAGGAGAUGGAAGAACCCUUUGAGAAGGACCAGAUUGGUUCCAGCGCCAUGGCUUACAAGCGCAACCCGAUGAGAUCUGAGCGUAUCUGCAGUCUGGGACGCAAGCUGGCAAACUUGCCCAUGGAUUUCAAGGAUACCUUUACAAUGCAGUGGAUGGAGAGAACACUGGAUGACUCGGCCAUUCGUCGCAUUGACAUUCCCGAAAUGUUCCUCCUGGCCGACGCUAUUCUCAUUGGCAUGGACAACGUUACUGACGGUCUGGUGAUUUACCCCAAGCGCAUUGAGGCUCGCACAAGAGAGGAGCUACCUUUCAUGGCAACCGAGAACAUCAUCAUGCGCAUUGUGGCCAAGGGAGGAUCCCGCCAAGAUGCUCACGAGGAGAUUCGUGUCUUGUCACACCAGGCCUCUGAUGUGGUCAAGAACCAGGGUGGCCAGAACGAUCUCAUUGAGAGAAUCAAGAAGACCGACUACUUCAAGCCCAUCUGGGGCGAGAUUGACUCCAUGCUGGACCCCAGCCUCUACAUUGGCCGCUCGGUCCAGAUUGUCGAGCGCUUCUGUAGCGAGGGUGGUGUUUUGGAGAAGAAGCUUGCGCCCUACCAGUCUUUCAUCAAGGGCACUGCCACUGCUCAGCUUAACGUAUAA